UUCAAAGUUGAAAAUUUUUUUUUCUGCUUUCGGUGAUCAUUCGAACUCCAAGGGAGGUUGGGAGACCUACCGAACUUGCAAAAAUCGGGAUUUUUUAUUUUCUCGAAAAUUUUUUUGCAAAGUUCAAACUUUUCUACUUUGAUUAGUGGCUCCUUAUCUAAGUGUGAGUUGGGCGAUCAUCCCACCCACCCCUCCCCACCUAUGUUGUUGCCAUCUCUUGCCAUAUCUGCUCUGUGUGUCUCCGGGUACCCCUUGGGACGGCAUUGGUAAGUUGCCACGUCAGCGGACAACGUCAGCAGGCCAUGUCAGCAGACUACGUCAGUACGUCAGUAGGCCAUGUCAGCAGACCACGUCAGCAGGACACGUCAGUUGUGCCACGUCAGCAGCAAGGGAUACCACAUCAGCAGGCACCGGUCUGGUCUAUGCUGUUGCGUUCACAGACAGCAGUGAUGGACCAGAGGGCUGGGGAAACAGACGAGGCCUAUCAGGCCCGCAUGUUAGCCUGGAGUACCGAGACAAAGAAGCGAGCAGAUGACGCUGCAGCGGCAGCGAAGAAGAGGACAGAGGAUGCCGAGCAGGCACGUCUGUUGGCAGUUGAGCAACAACGCCAGCAUGACGAGGCAGCAGCACGGGCUGCCGAUGAAGAAAGGAACCAGCGUCGCGAGAAGAUAUUUAUCGGAGAGCGGGCGUUACUUACAAUGGCAGCGGAAUGGCGGACCGAGGCCGAGAAUAGCCAGUUGGAGGACAGCGCAAACAAGAUAGCGCUCCUCCUCUCGCAUCUCAUGGACCUCCUAGCAACCUGCAUUACACAGCAGGCGGAGAUCCUUGGUCUCGACAACUCGGUAGCUCAUCUCCAAGACCGCCUUCAGCGGUUGGAGCARCGACCAGCCGCCGCCGCCGACGCCGGCUCUUCCAAUACUGCCGACCGCCUCACCGCAUUGGAGAUGCACAUCAGCUCCCUCCAGGACGGCACACAGUUACAGCAGACCACGACGCAGCAGUUGCAGCAGCGGAUCUGCACUACUGCCACCACCUCGAGUCCGGAGCCGCACGAGUCCACUCCAAAGUUCGACGGGCAGGAGAUCUUCUGCGACUCAAUGAAGACAGAUCCGAUUCCAUGGUUCCGCAAGUUCGAGCUCACGCUGCAAUUGUCCAACGUCAAGGAACACAAGCAUCACGCCUACCUGUACUCUCGCUCAGGGGGCGCGUGCCAGGUUUGGUUGGACAACCUCCUGUCCAAAUACGGAGUAGUAGCAACCGAUUUGCACACCAUGAUCAGUUGGGAUGAUCUGAAGGCAGCGUGGCACAAGCGGUUCCAGGUGGAGCCGCCAGAGAUCAAAGCCAUGGACAAGCUUAUGGUCUUCGAGCAAGGCUCGCUGCCGAGUACGGACUGGAUCGCCGAGUACCAACGCUUGACGUCAGUCCCAGACAUCCAGAUAGGCUUCAAGGCCAUCCGCCACUACUUCAUCUCAAGGUCAUGUCCGAUAUUGAGCAAUGCCCUGACGCAUGUCGAGGACACCUUGACGACGACGGCGGAAUUAUUCGACAAGGCUGCGCAGAUCAUCGUUACAAACAAGGAGGCCAAGAACCUCCGUUCAUCUGCGUCAGGCCCGAGCGGGAACCAGCAUCGGCCACGAGUGGCCGUGGUCGCAGCGGCAGCGCCGUUAGACCAAUCCAGCGAGGCUGUGUCUGCCAGUGAAGGGGACAGAUUCGCAGCCGCCCGGGAAGGUGGCCGCGCCGGCAGAGGCCGAGCACUUAGCGCUCAUCUUCACACUUACCUUUCCUUCUAUGCACCACCAACUUCGUCGAUGGAUGACGAGGUCACGGUGGGGGACAUCCUGGCAUAUACUACCAAGGUGGCCCGCGAGUUUCGCACGGAGCGGUACGAUAACAACAACGCACCGCUCAUGUAUGUCCGCAUCCAGGUUGGACAGGCGUCCUGCAGCGCUCUAUUGGAUAGCGGCGUGACUCGCAACUUCAUGAGCCUGUCUUUUAUGCAAAGGGCUGGCCUUGGCGCUCAGGUUCGGAGGAAGGCAAACUCAACGGCGAUCAAGUUGGCGGAUGGUAAGACGCAGCAACUUCUCGACCGUUACAUCGAGGCCGUACCGGUCUACUUCGCACCUCAUGCAUGCGAACCGGUAACAUUCGAUAUUCUCGACACGGACUUCGACAUCAUUCUGGGAAUGCCUUGGUUUGCAAGUGCGGAUCACACAGUCAACUUCCAUCGGCGGACUCUUAGCGUUCGCGACGCCUUCGGCGCGGAAGUGGCGUGUACUAUUCCUCUACCGCACCCUUCGAUCCGGUGCCAAGUGGUGACGGCCAAAUCAUUCCGGGCAACUUGCGCUUACGAGCAGCCCGAGGAGAUCGGCCUACGUUUCCUUGGGACCGUCGCGGUAGCCGACUCUUCACCCACGGACUUAUCUUCGGACCCCCGUGUGGUGCGGUUGCUGGACGAGUUCGCCGACAUCUUCGAGUCACCUACCGGUGUGCUGUCGGGUCGGCCGAUCUCUCACGAGAUCAUUCUUGAGGCCGGUGCUGUGCCGCCGAAAGGUUGCAUCUAUCGGAUGAGCGAGGAGGAGCUUGAGGUACUCCGCGCACAACUCGACGAUUUGUUGGCCAAGGGCUGGAUCCGCCCGAGUAGCUCCCCAUACGGAGCACCAGUUCUCUUCGUCAGGAAGAAGAACAAGGAUCUGAGAUUGUGCAUCGACUACCGCAAGCUCAACGCGCAGACUGCGGCUAUGACCAAUGAGUUCCGUGCGAUGUUGGACCAGUUCGUGCUGGUCUACUUAGACGAUAUUCUCGUCUACAGCCGGUCAUUGGAGGAUCAUCCGGGGCAUCUUCGACGAGUGUUGGAGACGCUCCGCCGUGCCAAGUACAAGGCCAACCGCGACAAGUGUGAGUUUGUCCGGCAGGAGCUGGAAUACUUGGGCCAUUUUGUCACACCGGAGGGCAUCAGUCCGCUAUCGGACAAGAUUCAGGCCGUCCAAGAGUGGCUGGAACCUCGGAACGUCACAGAUGUCCGCUCGUUCCUCGGUCUUACCGGCUACUAUCAGCGCUUCAUCAAAGGCUACUCCAAGAUCGCGGCCCACUUGAACAAGCUUCAGUGUGAGGAUCGGUCGUUUGACUUCGGAGAGGAGGCACAAGGAUCAUUCUUCGCUCUCAAAGCCGCGCUAUUGUCUGCGGAGGUCUUGCGAAUCUACGACCCGCUCGCGCCUACGCGUGUCACUACGGAUGCGUCAGGCUAUGGCAUUGGUGCAGUCCUCGAGCAACAUGAUGGUGUGGACUGGCACCCGGUCGAGUACUUCAGCAAGAAAGUGCCCCUCGUGCAUUCCAUUGACGAUGCACGCAAGGAGUUCCUCGCCUUCGUCCACGCGCUCAAGCGGUGGUGGCACUUCCUSCUUGGUCGAAGCCAAUUUCGMUGGGURACGKACAACAAUCCGUURGUCUUCUACAAGACCCAAGACACCGUCAACAGCACCAUCGCUCGAUGGAUGGCUUUCAUCGACCAGUUCGACUUCUUUCCCGAUCACAUUCCCGGGAAGUCGAACCGUUUUGCGGAUGCUCUUUCACGGCGUCCGGAUCACUGUACCGCGGUCUACUCAACCUUCGAGAUCGACGAAGACCUGCGGAACAGCUUCAUCCGCGGCUACCAAGCCGACCCCGAUUUUCGCGACAAGUACGCAAAUUGCUCCUCUCCUCAUCCAGCUCCUUCUCACUACCGGAUCCAAGAGGGGUACUUGCUUGUCCACACGCGGGGGAAGGACCUUCUUUGCGCACUGAGUGAUCCUCACUUGCGUACCCGGCUUCUUGGCGAGUUUCACGAUGCUCCCGCUACCGGACAUUUUGGAGUCAAUCGCACGAUUGGCCGACUUCGCCAGCGAUUUUGGUGGCCCGGACUUCUCGGCGACGUCACGCGCUACUGUGAGUCAUGCGAGGUUUGCCGACGUUGCAAAUCCCGCAAUCAUCGUCCGUACGGCGAGUUACGACCAUUGCCAGUCCCGUUGCGGCGAAGGGAAGCGAUUGGCAUGGACAUCACCGGCCCGUUCCCCAAGCACAAGACAGGAGUGGAUGGGAUUCUCACAAUGGUCGGCCGACUCACCAAGUUUGCCAUGUUUUUGCCUUGCCGUUAUCAUGCCAAGGCACCGGAGUUGGCCGAGGUUUUGUACGCUGGUUGGAUUCGCACCAAGGGUUACCCCAAGGAGAUCAUCUGCGACCGCGACACUCGGUUCGUGUCCGAUUUUUGGUUGGCGCUCAUCAAGCGAUGGGGCUCAUCUCUCAAGCCUAGUUCAGCUCGCCACCCUCAGACCGAUGGUCAGACAGAGAGGGCGCAUCAGACCGCACAGGUUCUUCUUCGCACUCUCAUCCGCCCCGACCAGAAAGACUGGGUUGAGCGACUGCCGGACGUUGAGUUGGCCUACAACUCUUCCAUCCACCCGGCUAUUGGGAUAUCGCCCUUCGAGUUUGAGCACGGCUCGCCGGUCACAUCACCGUUGGACACUAUCACUCCACGCACGRCCGAGAGCGACGACCAUCUUCUCUUCUUGCGUCGGAUGCAAGAGCUUCUUGUCAAGGCACGCGACCAGAUGGCUAAGACGCAGCAGCGCAUGAGCCAGCAGGCAAAUCACCAGCGUCUUCCUUGUCCAUUCCGCGCCGGAGACCUUGUCUGGGUUUCAGCAGCGGAAUUCGGCCUUGAACAGGACAUCUCUCGCAAGCUCCUUCCGAAAUGGAUGGGGCCUUGGACGAUCAUUGAGCCCGCUGGGGAUGCACCGGAAGGGCCUUCCUUCACGAUUCAGGUGCCUAGCCACUUGCCUGUCUACCCAAUCUUUCAUUGUUCCAAAUUGGCUCUGUACACGCCUGCGGCACAUGACUAUUUUCCCGGGAGACGUACGCAAGAUCCACCUUCUAUGGAUGGUUUUCAGGAGGUCGGCGACAUCAUCUCCCAGCGACGCUACGGCAACAAGCCAACUGAGUAUCUGGUGCAUUUUGCUUACUGCACUCAUCGAGCUGAUCGUUGGUUGACCCGUGCGGAACUGCAAGCGACAGCUCCAGACGUCCUCGCACGCUACGAACGCAAGAUGCAAUGCAAGCUGGUUUCUUCGGCUCCACGCCACGCCCGCGUCCAGGUUCCACCUUCAGAUCGACGGCUUCGCCCUCGCCCCGGCUUGACUUCAUAAGGAGAAGGGGGGGUUACAUGCAGCGCGUGCACACACGGGCCAUUUUGCAGGCCCGACGACCAUUUUGCACGCCCGAC